CACAAGAUCGGAUUACAAGAUGGCGGAGUGUGGACGUUAGCGAGGAGGCCGCAGGAGUUGUUGUGCUCUGCGCGAAUUCACACUUCGAGAAGACGCCUCCGGUCGAGCCGCCUCACGCCCGGCGAGUUAUGCGUUUGUGAAACAGCCACAGGUUAAUUUCCCCGCUGCUGUGAACCGUAACAUGCGGGAAAGACCGUUCACAGGUCGCGGGUAGGAAAACACUAACAGACCGGGGUGAGGUGAGAGCUUGUUAGCAGCCCCAGCUAGCCUGCUAGCUCCGACGCGGCUAACCAUGUCGGACACUCGGCGGCGGGUGAAGGUGUACACGCUGAACGAAGACCGGCAGUGGGACGACCGGGGCACCGGGCACGUUUCGUCCACAUUCGUUGAGCGACUAAAGGGCAUUUCGUUGCUAGUUCGGGCCGAAUCAGACGGAUCUCUACUGUUGGAGUCGAAGAUAAGUCCGAAUACAGCAUAUCAGAAACAACAGGACACGCUAAUUGUCUGGUCCGAAGCAGAUAACUAUGACCUUGCCUUAAGUUUCCAAGAGAAGGCUGGAUGUGAUGAGAUCUGGGAAAAGAUUUGUCAGGUUCAAGGCAAGGACCCUGCCCUGGACAUCACCCAGGAUCCCAUUGAUGAGUCAGAGGAGGAACGCUUUGAGGAGAUCCCAGAGACAAGCCACCUGGUGGAGCUCCCUACCUGCGAACUAAGUCGACUGGAGGAGAUAGCUGACCUGGUUACAUCUGUCCUGUCUUCCCCCAUCCGGAGGGAGAAACUCGCCUUGGCCCUGAUGAGCGAGGGUUACAUCAAGAAACUCCUGGGACUCUUCAGAGUAUGUGAAGACCUGGACAACAGAGAGGGCCUACAUCACCUUUAUGAGAUUGUCCGAGGGGUCUUGUUCCUCAACAAAGCGGCCCUCUUUGAGGUGAUGUUCUCUGAUGAAUGCAUCAUGGAUGUGGUUGGCUGCCUUGAGUAUGACCCGGCGCUGGUUCAGCCUAAACGGCAUCGGGAGUUUUUGACCAAGACGGCGAAGUUUAAGGAGGUGAUCCCUAUCACAGACUCAGAGCUGCGGCAGAAGAUCCACCAGACCUACCGGGUGCAGUACAUCCAGGACAUCAUCCUGCCCACGCCAUCCGUCUUCGAGGAGAACUUCAUGUCCACACUCAACUCCUUCAUCUUCUUCAACAAGGUGGAGAUUGUCAGUAUGUUGCAGGAGGACGAGAAGUUCCUAACCGAGGUCUUCGCACAGCUCACAGAUGAAGCCACGGACGACAGUAAAAGAAGAGAGCUUGUGAAUUUUGUCAAGGAAUUCUGUGCGUUUUCACAAACGUUGCAGCCACAAAACAGAGACGCCUUCUUCAAAACUCUGGCAAAUCUUGGCAUCUUACCUGCUCUGGAAAUAGUCAUGGGAAUGGAUGACCUGCAGGUGAGAACAGCAGCCACAGACAUCUUCUCGUACCUGGUGGAAUUCAGCCCCUCCAUGGUCAGGGAGUUUGUCAUGCAGGAGCCUCAGCAGACAGAUGAUGACGUUCUGCUGAUAAACGUUGUCAUCAAGCAGAUGAUCUGUGACUCCGACCCCGAGCUAGGAGGCGCUGUCCAGCUGAUGGGUCUCCUCAGGACGCUCAUCGACCCAGAGAACAUGCUUGCGUCCACAAAUAAAACAGAGAAGACUGAAUUCCUGAGUUUCUUCUACAAGUACUGCAUGCAUGUCCUGACGGCUCCCCUGCUGGCCAACACUGCACAUGACAAAAACUCAAAAGAUCUGCAGGAGGGAUCUACGAAGAUCAACCCCGUCUGUCCAGACAACUUCCAGACAGCUCAGCUGCUGGCACUGAUCCUGGAGCUUCUCACCUUCUGUGUGGAGCACCACACCUAUCACAUCAAGACCUACAUCAUGAACAAAGACCUGCUCAGGAGAGUGCUGGUGCUUAUGAACUCAAAGCACACCUUCCUCGCCCUUUGUGCCCUGCGUUUCAUGCGCAGGAUCAUCGGUCUGAAGGAUGAGUACUACAACCGCUACAUCAUCAAAGGGAACCUGUUUGAGCCGGUCAUUAAUGCCCUGCUGGACAACGGCACCCGAUACAACCUCCUCAACUCCGCCAUCAUAGAGCUCUUUGAGUUCAUCAGAGUGGAGGACAUCAAAUCUCUCAUCGCUCACAUUGUGGAUAAUUUCUACAAAGCACUUGAAACCAUCGAGUACGUCCAGACCUUCAAGGGCUUGAAAGGUCGAUACGAGCAGGAGAAAGACCGGCUGAGUCAGAGGCUCAACAGCAGAUAUCGCAGAGAUGCGCGGUCGUUGGACGAAGAUGAAGAGUUGUGGUUCAAUGACGACGACGAUGAUGAGGAUGGAGAGGCCGUGGAGAAGAGGAUGGAGGACGACUUCUCGGACAGCUACGGCAAGUACAUGGAAGCCAAAAAAGUAGCUGCCAACGGAGCUAAUGGUGCCAACAACAACAACGGGAAAGCUGCUGUGAGUCCGCCUUCAUCGCCACCAGUCACUCCCAACAACAGCUCAACUUCGUCUGUGAAAACAGUUGCUCUUCCUGCCACUCCAGUAGUUAAGACCGCUCUGGUUGGUUUGGUGGACUACCCAGAUGAUGAGGAUGACGAGGAGGAGGAGGAGGAUGAGGAGGAAGAGCAGUCUCCGAGGAAGCGACCCCGUCUGAGCUCUUAAGGCUGAUUGUCCUCUGUUUGGUCGUGGUGGGCGGACACUGAGUCCCUCCCAUCCUCCCUCCUUUGGUCGUCUCAUUGGUCCUGGGCCUGCCUGCGCCACCCGUCCGUCUCACUGAGGAGACGGGAGAAGAUGAGCGCUCACCUCACUCAGCCCCUCCCUAUUUCUGCUCCUCCUUCCUCCUCCAGGAGGAGAUGGAGAGUUUCUCCUUCACUGGAAACAAAGACAGAUCCCUCUGUUUCUUCAGCCCGUCAAUUAUAUCUCUUCCUUUUUACCAACAGCCUCCUCUAGGAGACCCCGAGACCUCGUUUCUUCCUCCUGCCUUCUCCUCUGUUUCACCACACUCCCCUGUUCUCCUCGUCCACAUCUCUCUCUGAACUCCUUUCUUUCUCCUUCUCAUCCACCAUCCUACGCAGUGACCAGAGAGGCUGCUGGGGGGGGGGGGGGGGGGACACACACAGUGCCAAGGCGGCUCCCAACUCUGCACUGUUGCUAUAGCAACAGUGGCAAGGAAGCUGCGGUACCACACCGACCCGACAGGAACCGCCUCCUCACACGUCCUCAUCUGAACUCUCCCUUCCAUCUCUGAUCCCGAACCGGUGAGCUCUAGAGACACGAGGCAGCCAGGGUGCGACCUGCUCAGGAGGCCAGUCAGGCUAGCAGGACUAGCCGUUAUAGUUAUAGGAAGCUUGACUGGCAGCAGCAGUGUGUGCGCUGCCACAGAACUAUUCACUCUUGUUGGGGACAAGAAGGAUCCAGGCAGCACUGGAGAAACAAAACACAGAGAAACGGGGGAGGGAACAAACGACAAAAAAUGUACCAGGAUGAAACCGGACCCAGAGGAGCAGGACUCAGACCUUCAGAAGCCAUGGUGUCUGUUUGGCCACGGCACACACACACCAAACACAACACAGCGUCUCACGUGCAGGACUGCGUUAGCCAGAGAUCCUGUAUUUCAUGACUUUGUUAAACAGUACUGUACAGAUGUUUUUUUUCCUUUUUAAUCAUUUGCCCUAGACCUGAUUUUGAAAGGGGAGAGAGACUCCGACCUGACCUGUGUAUCUUUUUUGUUGUCGUCGCACAAAAAGGUGGAGUCGCUGUUCACCCUUUCAGUCCAGUACAUUUGAUUCAAUGUAAAAUGCUGGUUUUAAGAAGUAACGUAUUAAACUGCAGUAAAGUCAUUUUUGCAGCCAACAGUUGGAGGAUGUCUGACGUUUUGUAUUUUAUGUGGAUGAAGAAUUUAGCGGCCUCAUUGUGACGCACACAUUUCCCGUCUUUCACCCGAGAGGAUUCCGGUGUCAUGAGCGAUUUUUAUCCCAGUUUGAAGGACGAAAAUGUUCAGAUCAAUUCCACGUUUUUAUUUGAGUUCCAGUUUGACGUCUUCCUUUGGCCUGUCCACCAAAACAACUGCACGUUAUUUUACCAUUUUAAGCCAAACCCUUGAAUGGAUGAAAUGUUUUUAUUAGUUAUGAUUAAGAUGAUUCAUACCCAAAGUCGAUGCCAUGCAGCAUUAGAGUCAACCGGAGUUUUAACCGUUCAGUGGGAACAUUUUCCAGACGCCUUUUUAGAUACGGGUUUGACGAAUGCCGGAGGGCGAGGAGGCAUUUCAGUGUCGGGUCCGAAACAUUUCUUGUGUCGAGGCCACUGAGGGAGUCAGACUGGAUCAAUAACUUCAAUCUACAACCCGGAGUAAAACCAUUACAGCCAGUGUGCGUUUAGGUGAGCAGUGAAAUUCUUCCCUCCUGUCUGUUCGUGCUGCUCAACAAUAUGACUGUUCAUGCGCUCCCUUGAUGAACUUGUAUUAAGUGCAUUUACUACCAUUAUCCAACAUUUGUAUGAAUUUGAUAAGUUUUGAAAUUAAAUGUGACCCUGACACUGAAA